UAUGUCGAGACAGCGUAUUUUUGAGGAAAAGGAAAGAAAGAUGUGGAAUCCAAAACGCAUGGAAGAAGCCAUUAUUUGUGUAAGAACUAAAAAAUUAGGCUACACAAGAGCAGCAAAGAUGUUCAAAGUUCCCAGAACCACUCUUCGGAGAUUGGCUGCGAGUGAUUUGCCACCAGAAGAUUGUGUAAAUAUGAGGUUAGGACGAAAGCCAGUGAUACCUACAGAGAUGGAAGCACAAUUAGUUGAUUACCUACUGGAAAUGGAAAACCGAUUUUAUGGUUUGACAAGAAAUGAUGUGAGAAAAAUGGCUUACCAAUUAGCCGUAAGAAAUAAGUUGAAGCAUCCUUUUGGACGUAAUGAGGAAGCUGGUAGAGCUUGGUUUGACCAUUUUAUAAGAAGACAUCCAACAUUAACUAUUCAUAAACCAAGUGGUACAUCAUAUUCCAGAGUGGUAGGUUUUAACAAAGAAUCUGUGUCCGCAUUUUAUAACAUUUUGGAAAACUUAUACGAGAAACACAACUAUAAUCCUGAUCGUAUAUUUAAUGUGGAUGAAACCGGAUUCUCUGUAGUACAGAAUAAAAUUCCACACAUAGUAGGUCUAAAAGGAAAAAAACAGGUUGGUUUGCUCACUGCUGCAGAAAGAGGCUCUCUCAUUACAGUUAUUUGUUGCAUGAGCGCAGGAGGAAUAUUUAUCCCACCAAUGCUAAUAUUUCCCUGUAAAAAUAUGUCAAAUAUUCUAAUGAAAGGUGCACCUAUUGGAUCUGUUGGUACAUGCCAUCCAUCUGGAUGGGUUCAAACCCAUUUAUUUACAGAGUGGUUCCAACAUUUUAUCAAAAAGACAAAUCCUACGAAGGAGUCUCCUGCUCUUUUAAUUUUGGAUGGCCAUUAUUCCCAUACAAGGAACUUGGACGUGAUUGAUAUUGCACGGAAAAAUUAUGUUACUAUUUUGAGCAUACCGCUUCAUACUACACAUAAAAUGCAGCCUUUAGAUCGCACAUUUAUGGGACCAUUCAAACAAUAUUAUAGUGAACAUAUUCGUAUUUGGCAACGUGAGAAUCAACGACCAGUGGGACCGUAUGAUGUAGCUGAACUUUUGGGAAGAGCUUAUCUUCAAUGUCAAACAGGUCUAAUCGCUGCUAAUGGUUUUAAAGUUACUGGAAUUUAUCCAUUUAAUCCGCAUAUUUUUUCGGAUAGUGAUUUCAUCGCGUCCACUCCAGUAGAAGAAUAUCCUAUGUCGUCUACAAGACGGAUAAUUGUUACUACGAAGCGUCAUGAUCAGCAAAUAGAAGAAAAUUUUGCACAACCAAGUUGCUCUAAAGAUUGUAAGGCGGAACAAAUAACGAUUCCCGUAUCGCCUAAGGAAAUAUGGCCAAUUCCACAAAUUAAAUCAAGAAAAUCUACUCGAGGCCGCAAACCUUCACAGGCAGCAAUCAUUACGGAGUCUUCAUAUCGGAAAACGUUACGACAAUCCUUAAACGAUUCAGAGACGAAAAAGUCUACAAAGAAUUCUGCACCAUCCAAAAGAAAUGUGCAGAAAUGUGAAAGAAAGAGAAAACUUGAGGAUGUCAGUGACAUUAAUAAAGAAUCUAACUCCUUUUGUAUCAAAUCUGAAUUAGAACUUCCACCUGGUUAAGCUGUUCUGAAGUCAGUGCAACCUGUAUUUUCCGUUAUGGAUCAUUUUCGAAUGACGAUAGUAGCGUUUGUUUUGUCUGUUCUGGAUCUAUCUUGGAGCAGCCUCGAUCAGACCUGGGUAUUUUUAGGUUAAGAUAGAGGAUUUCCGGAAGUGGAUCGUAGAACAGAGAGUUAACUAUUUAUUGUGCUCUGAACGACUCUGAAGUGAACUUGGGACCACUCGGACCGCUGUAAAAAGAACGACAGUAUAAUCUGAUCUGAACGAACAUAACCUGUGCAUGCUGUUGACAUUUUCCGUCUUGUUCUACUUUUUCGUUACACUCGUAACAUAUUGAGUGAAAUAUAAAUGUACAUAGAGGGAUUACU